CUGGCGGCGGCGGCUGCUGCACGGGGCGGGCGGGAGGAUGCGGCGCAGGUCUCGGCUGCUGCUCUGCUUCGCCUUCCUCUGGGUGCUGGGCAUCGCCUACUACAUGUACUCGGGGGGCAGCGCCGCGCUGGCCGGGGGCGGCAGGAAGGAGGACCCAAAUGACAUUGAUGCACUAAAAAAGAAAGACACUCGCAGUAACAAUAGGGAAGACAAAGCACAAAGCGUGGAGACCCUACCUCCAGGAAAAGUUCGAUGGCAAGAUUUUGAUCAAGACAGUUACGUUGGUGUUACUAUGGUCCGAUCUGGGCAGGACCCAUAUGCUCGUAAUAAGUUCAAUCAAGUAGAAAGUGACAAACUGCAAAUGGACAGAAACAUACCUGAUACCAGGCAUGAUCAGUGUCAACGGAAACAAUGGCGGAUAGACCUGCCAGCCACUAGUGUAGUGAUCACCUUCCACAACGAGGCCAGAUCUGCUUUACUUCGAACUGUUGUCAGUGUGCUUAAAAAAAGCCCAUCACAUCUUAUCAAAGAAAUCAUACUGGUGGAUGACUACAGCAAUGAUCCUGAGGAUGGUGCUCUGUUGGGGAAAAUUGAGAAAGUGCGGGUUCUUCGAAAUGAUCGUCGAGAAGGCUUGAUGCGCUCCCGUGUCAGAGGGGCAGAUGCAGCACAGGCUAAAGUACUGACGUUCCUGGACAGUCACUGUGAAUGCAAUGAGCACUGGCUGGAACCUCUUCUGGAGAGAGUUGCUGAGGACAAGACCAGAGUUGUGUCUCCUAUAAUUGAUGUAAUUAAUAUGGACAACUUCCAGUACGUGGGGGCGUCAGCUGAUUUAAAAGGCGGCUUUGAUUGGAACUUGGUGUUCAAAUGGGAUUACAUGACACCAGAGCAAAGAAGAGCAAGACAAGGAAACCCAGUUGCUCCCAUAAAAACACCAAUGAUAGCUGGCGGGUUGUUUGUGAUGGACAAAUUCUAUUUCGAAGAAUUAGGAAAGUACGAUAUGAUGAUGGAUGUGUGGGGUGGAGAAAACUUAGAGAUUUCAUUCAGAGUGUGGCAGUGUGGAGGGAGCCUUGAAAUUAUCCCAUGCAGCAGAGUGGGUCAUGUAUUCCGCAAGCAACAUCCUUACACCUUCCCUGGUGGGAGUGGUACUGUGUUUGCAAGAAAUACACGUAGGGCAGCAGAAGUGUGGAUGGAUGAGUACAAAAAUUUCUAUUAUGCAGCAGUGCCUUCAGCCAGAAACGUACCUUAUGGCAAUAUUCAAAGCCGAAUGGAACUGAGAAAGAGACUUAGCUGCAAACCUUUCAAGUGGUAUCUUGAAAACGUCUAUCCUGAGUUAAGGGUACCUGAUCAUCAAGAUAUAGCUUUUGGGGCUUUGCAGCAGGGUACCAAUUGCCUCGACACUUUGGGCCAUUUUGCAGAUGGUGUUGUUGGAGUUUAUGAAUGUCAUAAUGCUGGGGGAAACCAGGAAUGGGCCUUAACUAAGGACAAGUCAGUGAAACAUAUGGAUUUGUGCCUUACUGUUGUGGACCGAGCACCUAGUUCACUAAUAAAACUCCAGGGCUGCAGAGAAAAUGACAGUAGACAGAAAUGGGAGCAAAUUGAGAGCAACUCUAAACUGAGGCAUGUUGGCAGUAAUCUGUGUCUAGACAGCCGAAACGCCAAAAAUGGCGGUCUUACCGUUGAGGUCUGCAAUCCUUCUCUGUCGCAACAGUGGAAAUUCACACUUAAUCUACAGCAGUAGAAGGGCUUACACACAACGCCAUCUUGUUUCCUAGACAUUGGGCAAAGUUUUGAUUGAUAUAUUUCUUAAACUUUCCACGGAACUUAUAUACCUCAGUAUUCCAUCUUCGUCUGAAAGUAGGAGAGAACAAAGCUGAACACAAGGGAACCAAGGGGAUGUGGAACACUGCAAUUAUCUCACUGAACGUAGUGUAGCAAAGUUCCCUUCUGGUGUAAAGACUUCUCAGUUCCUGUCUGACUUCAGUUUAGUACUUGCACAGCAGAUGAUUAACAUCCCUAGAAACAAUUGAUGUACAGUAGAAAAUGGAUCUUAACACACAGAAGGAGGGAGGGGAAUAGGGUGGGGGGAGGGAGACGGGGGAAAAUAAACUGCUAGGAGAAAUUGAAAUCUCCAUUUACAUAGAAAUCAUCAUUUGUGGUUUCCAGAAGCUGAAGUGUCAUUUUGAAGGUUUUUUUCCAUGUGUAAUUGGUAUAUUUGAAUAUGAACUUUUCUAUGAUGGACUCUAAAUAUAUAUAUUAUACAUAUAUAUAAUAUAUGUAUUUUAUCAUUAUUCCCAACUGUUUAUCAAUUUUCCUCAUCUUGUAAUUAUCAACCAAGUGAUUAACAUACUUAAACCAGAAAGUGGAUUGGACUGUUGAGAGAACAAAACUGUGUGAAGGCGUGUCAUGUCGAUGCUAACACUGGAUGCUUUUGCUUUGCAAACUGGACCUACUUCUUAGCACUUGACUAUUUGCGGAGAUUAUGGAACUCAAGAGGAGGAAGAGGAAACAGCAGAACAAACUGAUGGAUCUGCACACAUCAUUGCUUGGAUUGUCUCUUCUGACUGGGAAUUCACUACAUGUGCCCUGGGUAUCUGUAAACUUGUACUUGAUAUUUAUGUUAAACAUUUCUCUAGUACUUGGUCUUUAAAAUACUUUUUUCUUUUAUUAAAAAAAAUUAUAUAAGCAGUGCAGCUCUUUCACAGGUGCAGCCAUUGGGGUUCAGCAGAGUUUGGUUUUUUAGCAGGACCCUGAUCAGCUUAACUUCUUUGUCUUAAUGAAUCGGGAUAAGACAGAAUAGUAGCAUCACUGUGUACAGAUAGCACAAGAUGAUCAUAAGUUUUAAUCUGCAAGGAUCAGCAGCUACAUGGUAUCUCAGAGUUGCACUUGUUUAAUCUAUAAACCUGCUAUAGGGGAUCCUCUUCUUUUUUUCUUUUUUUUUUUUAAUUCCUCCAAACAGAAUUUUUGAAACUGAUCCAGGCUCUACUCUGGGUACCAGCAGAUGCCAAGUGGUGUUUUUAACCUUAGAAUAAAUGGAAUUUACAGCUUCAGCCCAAUUGACAUCAUUUUUGUAUUAAAGCAAUGCUGUCGAAGUUAACUUGACCCCAACAUUUACCUACUCGCUUAUGUUUGCCUAGACUAUAUGAUUUGUUAAAAGCUCACUGAAGCAUUUGUUUUU